GCCAUCUGGCAUCACUGCAUACUUAAGAGUCAAAACAUUAAAUCGCAUUUUUUUACACGGUUGAAAAAUGUGGAUAUAAGUACUUAAACCGCAGCAGACCAAAGUUAAAACAACGGCAAGAGACCGAGGCAGAGACUCCCCAGAGAGAAAGGAGAGAGCGAGCGAGCGAUCGAGCGAGAUUCCCCACUCCAACUGCAGUACCAGUUCUCCAUUGCACCCACACAAAGGCAUUAGACCACCGGAAAAACAGGAGACUACAUCCUUCCAAGCAAAAUGGACCGAAAGGCUGAGCUGGAACGCAAAAAGGCCAAGUUGGCCGCUCUGCGGGAGGAGAAGGAUCGCCGGCGCCGCGAGAAGGAGAUCAAGGACAUGGAGGAGGCGGCCGGUCGGAUUGGCGGUGGUGCAGGCAUAGACAAGGAUCAGCGCAAGGACCUUAAUGAGAUGUUGUCCUCUUUGGGUGUGGCUCCCGUCUCUGAAGUUCUCUCCUCACUGUCCUCCGUCAACUCCAUGACGUCGGACAACUCCAACACACAGACCCCCGAUGCCAGCCUGCAAGCAACUGUUAAUGGUCAAAGCGGCGGAAAGAAACAGCCACUGAAUCUGAGCGUCUACAAUGUCCAGUCUACGAGCAUUCCACCAAAGGAGACCCUGGUCUACACGAAACAAACGCAGACAACCAGUACCGGCGGACACGAACGUGAUGUUCUUUCUUGCCACUCCUCGCCCCUGUCAGGAUAUAUGGAGGAUUGGUGGCGUCCACGUAAAGCUCAUGCUACGGAUUAUUAUGAUGAAUACAAUCUUAAUCCGGGUUUAGAGUGGGAGGAUGAAUUCACAGUGCUUGCAUUUGAUGCCCAAGGAGAUGACGAAGAGAGCUCGCUGCCACACCUGGACAAUGGAUUCACCUCCAAGCUGCCGCCGGGCUACCUCACCCACGGCCUGCCCACCGUCAAGGACGUGGCCCCGGCCAUCACGCCCCUCGAGAUCAAGAAGGAGACCGAAGUGAAGAAGGAGGUUAACGAGCUAUCCGAGGAACAGAAGCAGAUGAUCAUCCUGUCGGAGGACUUCCAGCGAUUCGUGGUGCGCGCCGGACGCGUCAUCGAGCGUGCCCUCUCCGAGAACGUGGACAUCUACACGGACUACAUCGGCGGCGGAGACAACGAGGAGGCGAACGACGAGCGCUCCCACGCCCGGCUCUCCCUCAAUCGGGUGUUCUACGACGAGCGCUGGUCCAAGAACCGAUGCAUCACCAGCAUGGACUGGUCCACACACUUCCCGGAGCUGGUGGUGGCCUCGUACCACAACAACGAGGAGAGCCCCAACGAGCCGGACGGUGUGGUGAUGGUGUGGAACACAAAGUUCAAGAAACGCACGCCAGAGGACGUCUUCCACUGCCAGAGCGCUGUGAUGUCCACCUGCUUCGCCAAGUUCAAUCCGAACCUGAUCCUCGGCGGCACCUACUCGGGCCAGAUAGUCCUGUGGGACAAUCGCGUCCAGAAGCGCACCCCCAUCCAGCGAACCCCCCUCAGCGCCGCUGCCCACACGCAUCCGGUCUACUGCCUCCAGAUGGUGGGCACCCAGAACGCGCACAACGUCAUCUCAAUCUCCUCGGACGGCAAACUCUGCUCGUGGUCGCUGGACAUGCUCUCGCAGCCGCAGGACACCCUCGAGCUGCAGCAGCGGCAGUCGAAGGCCAUUGCCAUCACCUCCAUGGCCUUCCCGGCCAACGAGAUCAACAGCCUGGUGAUGGGCAGCGAGGACGGCUACGUCUACUCGGCCUCGCGUCACGGUCUGCGUUCCGGGGUGAAUGAGGUAUACGAGCGCCAUCUGGGCCCCAUCACGGGCAUCUCCACGCACUACAACCAGCUGUCGCCGGACUUUGGCCACCUAUUCCUCACCUCGUCCAUCGACUGGACCAUCAAGCUCUGGUCGCUCAAGGACACGAAACCACUGCACUCCUUUGAGGAUAACUCGGACUAUGUCAUGGACGUGGCCUGGUCGCCAGUGCAUCCGGCGCUCUUUGCCGCCGUCGACGGCAGUGGCAGGCUGGACCUCUGGAACCUCAACCAGGACACCGAGGUGCCGACGGCCUCGAUUGUGGUGGCCGGUGCUCCGGCACUCAACCGCGUCUCCUGGACGCCCUCGGGCCUGCACGUCUGCAUCGGCGACGAGGCCGGCAAGCUGUACGUGUACGAUGUGGCCGAGAACCUGGCGCAACCGUCGCGCGACGAGUGGUCCCGGUUCAACACCCAUCUCAACGAGAUCAAGAUGAACCAGAGCGACGAGGUCUAGGCCGGAGUAGUUGUAGUAGCGAGCGGCCGGGCCGGGCCGGGCCGGGCGGUAGUCUAUAGUUGAUACCAAUUCUGCGAUUUCUGAAGCGCCAGAAGCGUGUUCUCCCCAAAAAUGAAAUUAAAGUGUAAUUCUUUUCCGAACAUCCCUCCAUUUGUGAUCCCGCUGCCCCCCCUAGUCUUUAUUUUUUUUUUUUGCAAUGCCCAGCAUUAGUGGCCUUCUCCGCGAUCCUCAGUCCCAGAGCUCGGCACCGUAUUAGAGAAUCGGGGGUUCAUUCAAUGAAACUCGCUAUAGACCUGGAAGUCGGAUUGGUAUUGUAAUUUAUUCUUUUUCGGUAUUAUUAGACAUUGAUGCAUAUUUCCCCCAGACCUUCCAGGCGUUUAGACAGUAGGGUUUCUUCUCUUUUUAUUUUACGUUUUCGAACUAAAAAGAACGAAGAACCGCUUUCGGGUGGAGAUCGGAGGGAUAACACAUAAUUAAAUAACUGCUACAUAUUAUAUACAUGCGAGAGCAACCAACUAAGCUUAAACCUGAGAGGCAGAAAGACAGAGAAGAAGACGUAGACAGACGUAGACGGAGGGGCUGACCCCGAGGCGACCCUGCGAAAUGUGAAGAAUCGGAGCAAGAAAGAGCCCAAAUGUAAAUGUAUUAGAGUGAAGCCUAUUUAACGAGAUUAAAUAAAGAUAUCUAUAUACACACAAGCAUUCUCGCA